AUGGACCAUUCGUUAUCGCAGAACCCCCCUUUGCAUUGGGGGUACUCGUCUUCGAACGCUUCUUCAUCUUGGCAACCGGUUACUAGAGCCUCUAAAAGGCCUCUAUCGGAAAGUGAUUGUGAUGAUGUUUAUUCUGAGGAAUCUUCCAAAGAUCAAUGUACUUCUCCUGGUGACACUGACAGUUGUCAAAUGUUAUCAAGAAAAAAGCGUCGCGGUGUCAUAGAAAAGAAAAGACGCGAUAGAAUCAACAUGUCUUUAUCGGAGCUCAAAAGACUGGUGCCGAGCGCCUUCGAAAAACAAGGGUCUGCCAAAUUGGAAAAAGCCGAAAUUUUGCAAAUGACCGUGGACCAUUUAAAGAUGUUACACUCCAAAGGUCUGGAUACUUUUGCUUACGACCCACACAAAUACGCCGUAGACUAUCACGGAAUGGGCUUUAGAGAAUGCUUGGCAGAAGUUUCCAGAUAUCUAGAAAGAAUUGAAGGAAUGGACUCGCAAAACCCAAUGCGAUUAAGGCUCACGUCUCACUUACAAUGUUGCGCAGCCCAAAAGGAAUUGGCAUUGAAACAAGCAGCGACAGGACCUUGGUCCUACGGAAGUUCUCAAACCUACCCCCCUACGUUAAAUCCUUUAGCGUCACCCAAUCAUUUAAAUUCGCAUCAGCCGCCCCCAUUGCCGCCUCCAAUUCAUCAUCAAAAUAUGCAUCACGAUUUAGGGCACUACGAUGUAACGACGUCGUGUGCUCAAAGUGUACCUGGUACUGACACUAGCCGAUUAGCACCUUCUACAUCGUUGUUGACACCUUUGACUACUACCACAUCGACUGCCUUAGCGUAUAGUCCGCACCAUCAAUAUCCACCACCGGUUAAUUCUUUUGGAAUACCACCUAGUCAUCAUCAUCAAAAUUAUGGUCAAAGUAUUCCUACCUCUCAAAGUAUGAAACCUUAUAGGCCUUGGGGUGCUGAGGUAGCUUACUGAUGAUUGUAAAAAGAUAGAUAUGAAUUUAUUUAAGUGCCCCUAGUGCCGGAUGCCUUUUUAAUGCUUUAAAAAAGUUUUAUGGUGAUUUGCUCAAGAAGAAGAUAUCAAGAGAAAAAUGUGAUAUUAGCUCAAACCAAUCAUUCAACUAAUAUAUUUUUACUUCCAAUAGAAACAUGACUUGAUGAUGAUGAUGUAAAUUUUAAUGCUGGGAGUAAGCAGACCAAACAUAGUAUAUAACAGACUUAUUAUCAAAAUCAUAUAAUGUAGAUGUGAUUUUCAGUCUUGUUUUGUUAACUGAUUCUGGUCAAAAGUGAUAUGCACUUGCACUAUAUAGUGGCUUUAGUCAUUUGCCGUACCUUAUUAUUAUUAUUUAAUUUAUUAUUUUUUUUUGUGUACAUAUUUAGAUUUUAAGCAGAGAUGUGGAAAAACGAUGUAUAUUUUUUUGUAAAAGCGUUUAUAAGGAAUUCACAUGAUUGUGAAAAUGUGAUUUUCGGAGUUAUAUAAAUAAAAUAUUUUUUAAAUUAUUUUCAUAAAUAAUGUUUUUUAUUGAGGCAUACCUAUACUACUGGACACUGACGAGAGAAAAAUGUUAAUGCGC